AUGUCGAAUAACGAGGAAAAAAAAUCCUCUAGCUCGCAGGAUUUGGAAUUGCCAGAGGUAAAUAACUGCUCCUUGCCUGAAAUCCACCCAUACACACAUCGACAACCAAGCUUGGUUUGGCUUUUCGUCGACUUUUUGUGUUUGGCUGCAGUUGGAUUUACGUGUCUUGGGUUCAAGCUCGCAGCAACGCCAUACAAGCGUGGAUUCUACUGUGACGAUGACAGCAUAAAUAAGCCUUACAAAGAAAGCACAGUUCCCUCUUCAGUAUUGUAUUCCGUAGGCUUUGCUGUAGCGUAUCUUGUGAUUCUGGUAACUGAAUGCUUCCACCAGAGACAAGAGAAAUCUUCUAAAAGGACUAGACGCGAGAAAGAGCAUUACAAAUUCGGUUCGCUGUUGUUGAACUCUCUACAUGUUGAACUGCUCAGAUUAUUUAUUUCUUUUGCUUUUGGUGGCUUGAUCACAAUUUUUGCUACAGAUGUUGGUAAAUACACGGCUGGAAGAUUACGACCCCAUUUUCUGUCCAUCUGCAAGCCGCCUUCCUCCGUGUUUAUCAACUGCAGUCAUAAUUACAUCUUAGAUGACGUUUGCACUGGCGAUCCUGGUCUGUUGAGAGAGGGAAGAUUGUCUUUUCCCUCAGGGCAUGCUUCUUUUUCAGGUAUUUUAAUGUUGAAACAUUUAUGAAUUGCCCAUUGUAAGGGCAUCCAAAUUCCGGAAUCGGGAAUGAAAUUUUAACUUGUGGAAUCUGAAAUCCAGGGCUUGGAAUCCUGUUUAAGGCUCAGGGAAUCUGGAAUCUCACUAAUGAUUGAAAUCCAGAAUCCAAGUUCAACUCACCAGGUAUCCAGAAUCCAGUACCUGGUAGGCUGCAUAACAGUAGUCUCCUUUGCAGCUGUUAUUUGGCAAAGGCAAAGGAGACUAGCAUAACAGGCACUUUAUGAGCCAAGCAAGGCAAACACAGUAUUUUGCGUGAAGCAUGAAGCAUGAAACAAGUUCAAAGUGCGAUUCCCCUCCCCUCAUAUCACGCUUUGCACUCGUUUUGUGCAAAAUGCUGUGUUCACCUCCCUUGGCUGAUAAAGCACCUGUUAUGCAGGCUAGUACUGGGAGUCCGGCACUCAUGGGGUAGAAUCCAAAAUCCAAGUCUCUUAUGGAUUCCCUUACAUUGGGAGCAGGGAGGGAGUGAUAUAAAUCUCUAAUUGUGAAUGUUGUAGAUGGAUAAGAUGUAUUGCGUUAGGAAGAAAUGGAAGUUGGUCACCCCUAGGACUUAAAAGUUAAUGCCAGGAUCAAUUUAUAAAACUUUUUCAAGUGUAGUUCACAGGUGUAGCUAUUGUUUUCAGUUUCUAAAACAGGGCUACACUUGUAAAUUACACUUAAAAAAGUUUUAUCAAAUUAACCCCUGAUUCCAACUCUUUCUGUCUAGCAAAGAGCUGACUGUAUCAAGCGUGGAUCUAGGAAAAAUACUCUCUGAUUUCCUAAAUGAGAUGCAAGGCUUUAGUGGGGGGGAGGGGGGGGAGGGAAGGUCCAAGGGGCAUGUUCCCCAGGGAAAUUUUUUUGAAUUUUAACUCCCUAAAGUCCCCUUUCCUGGGUUUCUGAGUCAUUCAUCCAGGGUAUUGGCCAGUUUCAUUUUCCUCGGAUGAAGCCUUGCAAAUUGGCAGAUUAUUUCAUCUCUCGAUUUCAACUUGGAAAUUUUUUUAAAUUAAAAAUGUAUUAGGACCUGCACUUGUUUAUCAGUAGAGUUUUGCUAGUAAGCCCUUUCUUAAUCCAUUUCUUUUUAAUUAUCUAGCAUAUGCCAUGACCUUUACUGUUCUCUACAUGGAGGCAAGGAUCCAUUUUCCUCAAAGCAAGUUUCUCAAGUUUUUCCUGCAGCUUGUGGUAGCUCAGUUGGGCAUCCUGUGCUCACUGUCUCGAGUAAGUGAUUACAAACAUCACUGGAGUGAUGUACUGGCUGGUCUGUUGUUGGGUAUCCUGAUCGCUGUAUUGAUAUUUGACCGCGUUGUGCAGAUGUUAAGGAAGGACACAAAGUCUAGGCAGCCAGUAACUGAGGAUAUAGUAUAACAGACCUUUUGAAGCCUCAGUUUUCGUGGCCAAACAAUUGCCAAAUACGAAUCUCUUUUUUAUGUCCAAUACAAGACUUUUUCAGAGUCUAACAUAAUUGGAGCAGCACAGUGCACACAGUAGAGACGCUAUUUCAGAUAUUUUUCUUGGUACAAGAAAGAGAAAGGACACCUUUUGGUUCUGUCCCUUUCUUUUGGUUUCACAGGAACUAUGUUAGAGGCCAUUGCUCAAUUUGUAGUUUGCAUGUCAUGGAAAAAUAAAUGUUGCAAAAUAUCAUCCUCCUAAAAUAAAAAAUUUAGGAUGUUGCGAACAUCUUAUAAAGCAAGAUACAUUUAGGAACAGUGAUUUUAAACUUACAGUAUCCCGUCACCUCACUAUGCUUCCAAACCCAAAAGUGAGUGA